AUGGAAGAAUUCGAGUCCUAUCUUAGUAAUGCUACAGCGAAAGGCGCAAACAUUGUCCCUGGAGCUGUGUUGGCUGUUGUCGACAAAGACGGAAACUUUAUCUACAAGAAGGCCGCAGGCUACAACGGCGUAACGGAGGACGCAACACCACUUCAUUUCGACCAGACAUUUUCCGUCGCCUCCUUUACCAAACUUAUCACCACCAUCGCCACUCUGCAAUCCGUCGAGCGUGGCCUUGUGAGCCUAGACGACCUCAUUGAUAAACAUAUUCCUGAGCUAGCCUCUCAGCCAAUAGUCGAACAGGAAGGGACCGAGAUCAGGUUACAUGAAGCCACAAAGUCUAUCACCCUGCGCCAGCUCAUUACGCACAGCAGCGGUGCAACCUAUGAUUGGAUAGAUCCGAAGCUGUAUGCUUGGCGGGCGUCGCGCGGUGAAGCACCCGCCAUCGUGAGUGACGGCGACGUAGCGAAAGGCUACGAUUAUCCUCGCACUUAUGAAGCUGGUCAAAACUGGAAGUAUAGCGGUGGCUUUGAUUGGGCCAGUCUACUUGUUGAGCGUCUCACCGGCACGAGCUUCGAGGCGUACGUCGAGACCAACAUCGCAAAGCCCCUCGGUAUCAAAUCGUUUACUUGGCAUCUACACCGCAAGGCCGCCGUAGCCGAAAACCUCAUGUCUAUGAGCUCGCGACAGGAGGACAAUACAUUCACUGAUGGGCCCACGCCUUUCUGGCCUGAUCCGAUCAAAGAAGGCGGCGGAGCUGGGAUGUACGCUAGCGUUCCAGACUUCUCUCGCGUGCUCUCCGACCUCUUGAAAGACUCACCCGUCCUCCUCAAGAAGAAUACCGUCGACCAAAUGUUUACUCCACAAUUUGCCGAAGGUAGCCCGGCGCUGAAAGGCCUCAGAGACAUUUCAGGAUCGUCGUAUGCUUGCGCUUUGGAUGCCAGCUUAGAGGGUGUGGUGCAGAACUUCGGACUGGGUAGCUUACUGCUUAUGGAGGAUGUGGAGAGGGAGAACUACUUCAAGCCGAAGGGGACUCUGUCCUGGACGGGCUUGCCAAACUUGCUAUGGAGUGUGAAUAGGGAGAGAGGGUUGGCACUAGUUUUUGCCACGCAAGUUUUGCCUUGGGCAGUUCGGAUGACAUUUGAUUUGAUUGCGCGAUUUGAAACAGCGGUUUGGCGAAAUAUAAAGGUGUAA